CCCGAGGCUCUUCACCUUUUGUCAAUGACACUCUAUCUAGGCACACCUCUCCAAGAACCCUUACCAUCUCGUCAAAAUUGUGCUGAAAUCCUGAAGGCAGUGUACUCUGCCGCUUCUAAAUACACACCAGAUGGAUGCUGCCAUUACUUUUACGCCUCAUGAGCACACUCCUCUGAGAAAGCUACAACAAACACCUAGAGAGCUCCUCGAAGAAAGUCUCGCGAACCUGGUCACAUCGUGGCCGCCAGAAAAAGCAUCGCAAGUGACCCGCAUGGGCUUUUACCAGGGACCAACAUCGAUCGCUUAUCUCUUUUUUCAUCUCUCGAAAAGCCACUCGCAGCUUAAAAUUCAUGGUAGAACACCCUCCGCGUGGUUCCAAGACUACUUCGAUAGUGCACCAGCGCCAGACGUGGAUGAAACAUCAUUCGGGAUCGCCAGUGAAUACUACUGUCACCUAGCGUUGGAAGCAGCACACACCCAGGACGCGGCACCUUUCCUGCAUAAAGUCCAAACGCUGCAACUCAACCAUGUGCAGGAAGUCCUCCUCGGAAGUGCAGGUUUAUUAGUCCUUCUCCGCUUCGUCAAAGCCAACGUACCCAGCGCUACAGACAAAAUCGACGACGCCAUUGACACCGUCAUCACCCACAUCAAUACAUCCUCUUGGCUCUUCCACGGCAGAGAAUUCACAGGCGUAGUUCACGGCAACAUCGGCAUCAUCGCGCAAGUAUGUCUAUCCGGUGGCGCGUCUGCUAUGGCUGGCCCGUUAUCCACCUUCCUGGAUCUGCAGCAGGAAGAUGGGAACUGGCAUAGUACAACAGACCGCAAGCACGAACAUAUGCAGUGGUGCCAUGGCGUCCCUGGUUGUGUGAUCUCCCUCCUCGCUAUUAAGAAAUAUUUCCUGGGGGAGCCUCUGGCGGGCAGAAUUCAGGCUGCUAUCGAGAAAGGGCAGCGGCUCAUAUUUGAGAAAGGCAUUGUCAAGAAAGAACCGUGUUUAUGUCAUGGCGUCACUGGGAAUGCGUUGGCGCUGGACACGAGCGAGAGAAAUCACCUGCUGAGUUUUGCGACGCCGAGUGCGGUCGCGAAGGGGGAGUGGGAGGCUUCGUCCGAUCCAGCAGGACUGUACUGUGGGGAGGCGGGAAGAGCUUGGGUCUGGAGUAUGCUUGAUGGUGGGAGGAAAGGGUUUCCAGGUUACACGGAUGUUUGAAGAGACGUUGUGAGAUUGUGUUGAUCAUGGUAUCAAUGGCGUUGCUUCAGCUUGGUGCAGACAAGAGUUGGGGCGGCUCAUGGUAGAUUGACACUCUCUACACAUCUGGGUCAAAUUCUAGUUCAAUUUUUUUUAUGUAGCGACCGCUCAGGCUCGUCUUCGUCCCGGCUCGCGGUGAGGGACUUGAUAGUCGAGACGAUGGAGUUCAGGGUAAAUCUGCCCAAUACUACCGUGUUGCGAGCAGUUGCUUGCCACUGACUUACAUCCCGAAACACAUCACGAGAUGACUACA